AUGUUUCCAAUCUAAAAGGAAAAAAAAGAAUUAUAAGAAAGUUUAAAUUAAUUGAAUUAUUUUGAAGAUAUCAUAUAAUUAUCAGAAGUAUAGAUGAAUUAAUAAGAUAAUUUGAAUUAUUAUUUAAUAAUGCUGAAUAUUAUUAAACUUUAGACAUAUUCAAAAAUACAAAAUAAACAAUUUAAGAUAUAAUGGAAAAUAAUAUUAUUGAAUUGCCAUCAUUAUUAUAAACAAAAAAAUGAAUUUGUAAAUAAUUAUAUAUAUAAAUUAAAAUAGAAAACACCAAGUUUAAGUAGAAUUUGUUUUAAUCAUAAAAAAGAAAUAAUAAUGAUUGAUAUGGAUACUGAAAAUAAGAAAAUUGAAGAUAGAUUAGUUUUUGUUGAUUGUAUAUUUGAGAAUCCAUGA